GCAUUCCCCUCUCAACCUUUCUUUUUUUCCUUUUCCUUUCUUCUUCAGCUUAACAUGUCUUUCUUCUUGAACACAUUUAAGUCCACCCUCGCAAUUGUCGGACUCGCCACCCCACAAUUCGAAACCUCAACCACCGCUGCGCCCACCUCCAGCAAUGCCACUCCUUUAGGUGAGUAUAGCCUCUCACCACCUUUUAAAAUUGAUUAUACAGCCGAGGAUCCCUCUUUCACCUCGGACUUUUCCAAACAGGCCCCGGUACCUACAAAUACCGGGCUCAUUCUCACCGGGAUCCUCCGGCCCGGCCUUAGGCCUUCCACUGUCAUUCACCGCAUGCAAAUUCACGGAUUUCCAAGGACACUGGAAUAUUGGAAGGUUUGCCCUUCCGCCCCACUCUCAUUCAACUUCAAAAAGGUAAAACCAACUAAAAAGGUCCACUUCCAAGAAUAUUACGACAGAAACUACCAUGAAUACCGUCCAUUCGACCCAGAGGAACCAGCUAACUCCUGGAUUCCAUACGAAGAUGCUAUCCUGCAUCAACCCAGCAUGUCUCCUGGGAAAAGAACAACAGGAUGCUGGAGAUGUCGCAUUUGCAAGCAAGUCUGGACCAAUUAUGGCUUCCACGAUACCAUUGAAGGAUAUCCGGGCUUUGAAUAUAGGACAACUCCCAUGGCCUGCCCCGAACACCCACAGCCUCUGUCUUUUAGGGCACCCGAGCCCUUUUAUGGAAUGGAUCCCUCUCGCAGGGAGCAAAUUUAUAAUUCAUUUGAGGCAUACGAGUGGCCAUAUGUCUUGCACGGGGGCCUCAUCAAACCACCUACGAGACCGGAGAGAGAUUAUGACUCAGACCCUAGGUACGCUAGGCUAGGCGACCUCAGACUCUGAGUCUGAAUCUCGAUCCACA